CAUAACAGAGAGACAGAAAGAAAGAAAGAAAGAAAGAGAGGGUGACAGUGUAGAAGAGACAGGAUAGAAAAGAGAGAAAGAAGGCAAAUGAGUUGAUACUAACAGGUUGUUAGAUCUGGAAAUAAAAAGUGGUGCAAAGCUGUUUAUUAAUCUGGUCUCUGAAUUAAAAGUAAGGCAAGUUAAGUAAGGCUGAUAAAAAGGGUGGGAAAAGAUGGCCAAUUUCACAGGAACCUGGAAGAUGAAGAGCAGUGAGAAUUUUGAAGAACUCCUCAAAGCGCUUGGGGUUAAUGCUAUGCUGAGGAAAGUAGCCUGUGCAGCAGCCUCAAAACCCCAUGUGGAGAUUCGUCAGAAUGGUGAGCAGUUCUACAUCAAAACUUCCACGACUGUGAGGACCACAGAAAUCAACUUCCAAAUAGGACAUGAGUUCAAUGAGGAGACUGUGGAUGGUCGGAAGUGCAAGAGCCUGGCCACAUGGGAGACAGAGAACAAGAUAACCUGCAGGCAAACCCUUGUGGAUGGUAAUGGCCCUAAGACGUUUUGGACACGAGAGCUGAGAGGGAACGAGCUCAUCCUGACCUUUGGGGCAGACGAUGUGGUGUGCACACGGAUUUAUGUGCGGGAAUGAGCACCAAGGUGAACUGGAUGGAGAGAUAAUCCAGCACUUGCGACUUUGGAAGAAUAAACUUAUUUCAUCAUUAACUUGCACUAUAGUGUGUUAGCUGGUACUUUGUUUUUGAUUAAGGACCUACCAUAUUUGUCUGUUCAAUGUACUUAUUAGAUUUGAAUGUUUAUGUUUCUUAUUAAUAUGAUAAAAUACAGUGUUAGUUAUAUUCACGGUUAUAUGCCAAAAAAUGUAAAGCAAUUAACGAUUUACUGCAGCCAUGGCUUAUUUCAUAUUCAUUAACCAUGAAAUAAUAAAGACACAUACUUUUAA